GGGAAAUUAUGGCUUCAUUAAAUGAUUUAGAAUUUAACCCUUGAAAGUAGUGUCAUUGUUUGAGGGGACUUCAUCAUUCUUCAGUACAUCUCUGACCAAGAUGGUGAACACGGGCAUAUUCCGUCUGUGUUUUAAAUCCGUUUUUAUCAUAUGUACAGUUCGCCCCGUGUCUUCUCAAAUAAUUUAUGGGAACAUUCAUGAAUUUCACGGAACUUUUACCGAAAAUAUGAAGAGAACCGCAUGUUCUGAGAGUGUGGAAGUAUGUGGGAAUCAGCUUUAUCAAUGUGGCAUUCAAAAUCAAUUAUUUGUCGAGACUUUACGCGAUGUACAAAAAGUCCAAGUGUUACAGAGCAAAUGUGGGAUUCGCAUUCAAGAAUUAGAAAUGAAUGUUUCGGAGUUUUUCAACACAAUGAGUUCCUUAAACAGAUCGCUGUUACAGGUGAAUCUUAAACUUCAGGAUUGCGAAAAUAAACUCUACGCAGAGAACAAAGAAAUGACUGCAUUAAGUAAAUCCAUUUAUAUUUGUAAUCGGUCGUUAGAAGGAAGUACAAAGAAUAUUACAAAUAUGAUAUUUGCUCUGAAUACCACAAACCAAACGUUGUAUCGAACAAUUGAAGAUUUAGGACAAACGUCAAGAGACCUAGAUCACGAGAGGGCGAAAGUGAGAGCCAUCAACGGUAGCUUAGGACGUUGUGACAAAGUUCUCGUGGAAACCAACGCUAACCAAGCUGCGACGCUGAGUACACUUAAACAAAAGGAGAUGAAAAUUGUCAUUCUUGAGAAGGAGAGCUUUCAGUGUAAUGGUACAUUAAAUGAAACAUUAUCUAACUUAACGUCUACUUUAUUAACAUUGCAAUCCGUUAAAGCAGAUCAUGAAGAUUGUUUAGGACAUCUCCAGGUUGAAAAUUUCACAAGUGUGGAAUGUUUUCAGCAGAAUUCAUUAUUGAAUGGUUCUUUGAUAAACUGUGAAAAUAGACUGGGUAAUUUUAGAAACAAUUUUUCGGACUGCAUGGUGAGAAUGUCUGAGAUUGAGAAUAAAUUAUCAGAAAUAAAGAAUAUCCAGGAAAGACAACUGAUGAAUUUGACAAGUACCACGCAUCAAUUGGUUGAAUUGAAUAAUACUUUGCAGAAAUGUGAAGCGAAUCUUUCAGAUUCGAAGCAAAAUAUCUCUGAAUAUGCCCUCGCUGUUAUAUUGAUGAAGACAAAUUUUUCUACAGCAGUAUCUGAGUGUGUAAACGAAACUAAAAGAUUGGAGGAGCGAAUUCAAAACUGUGAAACUUCGUUAAACAUAAACUCUAAAAAUUUCUCCGAGUUUGUGAAUGAUGUAUCGCGCGCAAACUUAUCUUUCUUACAAACGCUGAGUGAAUUUCAAAACAAAUGAAUUAGAAAAGGAAUUAUUAGAGUAUAAAUCCAAAUUUGAGACGAUAAAGUUCCUGCCGAAAAGAUUGCUAAAAUGGAAAGUAAACGAUUUAUGUACAAACAUGCCAAAUCUUCGCUUCGAACACUACGAGCUUUGUCCGUUUUUCUACGACUGCAGUCAGUCCGGUUCUAUUCUCCAGCAGUGCUCGUAUCCUCGUUUAUAUUCCGACAUCAACUCGAGAUGUGAAGACCAGAGUUCUGUUGACUGUGGGACAAGAAAUAUUACCUACGGCUAUGCAUGUGACUUUGAAACUACUAGCGAUGCGAGGUGUUUCUUGACUGAUUCCAAAUGCAGGAGAAUUUACCUGGAGCAGACACUAAAGCCUUGUUUAUACGGCGAUAGAAACCGCUACACUAAAGUCUUGUUUAUACAGCGAGAAAUUUGCUCAUGGACAUUUGCUUCUGUCUGCAAAAGUAAAGUAAAGUUACUAUGCGUUCCCGUGUGAUUUUAGGUUACUGUGAGUUAUAUGGAACUCCUGAAAGAAUCCAUUAUAUCAAUUCUUAUGGAAGUCAUGAUUACAACAAAUGAAUAGAAUAAUAGAUUACACACUGAUUUACUCACAGUACCUAAAAUCACACGGGAACGCGUAGUAGAUUUAUAUAUAAGCACAAAAACCCAACAACACCCUACUUUUUGAAGUGUCAGAUCUAAAAAGAUACAAGGUCAGAAAAGAAAAUACAAGCACUGAAAAGGCCACGACGCUGUUGAUUAUUUAAACCUCCAAUUUUCGACUCAACUCGCGUCUUUAUCAAGAGACAUAUAUUACAUACACAAAUAUUAAAUACCACGAAAAACAAAACGACAAAUAUUAAUAACCUACAUUGUUAAGAAGAAUGUUGUACUGAAUUGAGAAAAUUUUGUAUUCCUUAUAGAAGAUGUGAGAUUGAUCACUGUUCGUUAUGUUCACCUUUCAUGAAAGUUUUCUGACACAACGCAGAUUCAACUUUGUUCAAAUCAUGGCCCUGGGAGGUAGGGUAAGGCCACGAUAGGGGAUCAAUGUUUUAUAUGCGAAUAUAUAGGGAAAUCUUUAAAAAUCUUCUAAAGUAUCGUUGUGCCAGAAAAGUUCAAAAAGCUUUCCCACACAGUGCAGAUUCAACUUUGUUCAAAUCAUGGUCUCCGGGGAUAGGAUGGGUAGGGGAUCAAAGUUUUACAUGUAAAUAUACAGGAAUAAUCUUUAAAAAUCUUCUUCUCAAGAACCACUAAGCCAGGAAAGCUGAUAUUUACAUGAAAGCUUCCUGAUAUAGGGCAGAUUCGAGUUUGUUCAAAUCAUUGCUCCCAGGGGUAGGAUGGGGACACAAUAGGUGAUCAAAUUCUUACAUGUGAAUACAUAGGGGAAAUCUUUUUUAAAAAUUCAAGAACUACUCGGCCAGAAAAAGUUCAAACCUGCCUGUUUAUGAAAGUUUUCCGACAUAGUGCAGAUUCAGAUUUGUUGAAAUCAUAUUUCCCAGGAGUAGGAUGGGGCCACAAUAGGGGAUCAAAGUUUUACAUUCGAAUAUAUAGGGAAAAUCUUUAGAAAUCUUCUCAAAAACCACUAGACCAGAAAAGUUCAAAUUUACAUCAAAGCUUCCCGACAUAGAGUAGAUCCAGUUCGUACAAAUCAUGGUCCCAGGAGGUAGGAUGUGGGCACAAUGGGGGAUCAAAAGUGCAAUAUGCUGAUAUAUGGGGAAAAUCUUUUUAAAAAUUUCUUGAACUAUUUAAGCUAGAGCUUUCAUGUAUUGUUUAUACUUUUUUUUUUCUUUUUUUUUUUUUUUUACUUUUCAUGUAAUGCAAUAGUGUGAUCUUGUCGCAUUGACCUGGAAAGUUCGAUUUACUUUUACUAAAAAUGUUACCUAUACAGUACAUGCACAUGUCCUAAAUUAUUUUAGUAAAUUUUUCGUAUAUUUCUUAUGGUAAUACCUUUCAUUUGACAUCAUGAUUUUUGACAUUUGGGACCUUGAACUCGAAGUUUGACAUAUUUUUAAGAACAUAUCAACAAUGUUUGGAACUAUUUUAGGUGGGGCUUUCAUAUUUUGCAUAUAUAUUCUUUAUGGCAAGACCUUGUACAUAAAGGCGUUUGAUUUUUUGACCUUGGAGUUUGACUUACUUUAAAAAACAACUGAUCUAUUCAAUAUCUCCUGAAGUAUUUAAGGUAGGACUUUCAUAUUUUGUAUAUAGGUUCUUUAUGGUAAGACCUUAUUAUUUUGUGAAGAUUGACCUUGUGACCUUGACCUGGAAGUUUGACCUACUUUUAUUCAAAAUAUUACGUAUUUCAUAUUUUCUGAACUAUUUAAGAUAAGGCUUUCAUAUUCUGUAUAUAGAUUUCUUUUGGCAAUGUCUUCAUAUCAUACCAUGAUCAAUGAUCUUGUGACCUUGGUCUUACCCAGAACAGCAAGAUGAUAUCAGUCAUAUUGGUGUUGAGGCAUCCCUGUGUUAUGCGAAUUCACUUUAGUUAUUCCUCUGGGGCUAGGUUGGGGCCACAAUAUGGGGUCAAAAAUUUUCAUGGGAAAAAAGAUUGAUGAAUAAUGGCAGGGUCAAGAUGACUCAGGUGAGCGAUGUGGUCCAUGGGCAUCUUGGUCAAAAUGAGGGUGAGGCAACCGAAGUAGAAGUUGAAUUUACGAAUAUUUAAAAAUUCUUGUCAAGGAGAGGAAGAAAAAAAAAUCGAAAAUGCGUGCGUACUAUCAGUACAUGGAUUCAAUUCAUCGGACCAAUUUAUAUACAUUCGGUGAAUCAAUCUUUGCAUGUAAAUAUAACGACAAAGGAAUAUAGUUCUAAAAUGGGGGUGGUGGUAAUGUUUAAAGACGUUCGUUGUGCUUUCCUACGGUCCAAGUAUAUAUUGGUUGAUUGAUUGAUUGAUGUUUUCCUCCACACUCAACAAUUUUUCAGUUAUACGGUGGCGCCCAGUUUUUAUUGGUGGAAGAGAGAACUCAGAUACAAUGUACCUGGGAAGAGACCACCGACCUUCCGAAUGUAAAGUGGGAAACUCUCUCACUUACCAGAAAACCUACUGCCUCAGUCUACGUUAUCAUAUGAAGAGAUCUGAUAUUGGGAGUCUCAAGAUCAAGACAAAAAACGGAACCAACAGUCCAGCACUUCUCAGAGAAAUAUCUGGCCAUCAAGGCAGAUUUUGGCAAAAACUGACCGGUCUAAACAUGCAUCUGAAUAAAGAUACAAAGAUCUUAAUCGAAGCCGUAAGGGGCACAAGUUACGAGGGUGAUAUAGCCAUAGAUCACGUGACAUUGUGGCCUACGGAGUGCCCGUAAUCUGAUUGGUGGAAGAAGUUAGUUUUUCGUGAUUUGCAUCAGCCGUUUUAGCAUGGAAUCAUGUAUCGUUUAAAAUUAUAUUUUUGUAUCUAUCAGAAUAUAUUUAAGGCAUAUAGCAAAUUCAUCAAUCUAUGAAGGUUGAAAUGUCAAUCUAUUGGUGCUUAUAGACUAAUCUUAAACAGCCCGUCCCAUUCACGAUUGUAUGUUGAGCUAUUGCUGCUGUAUACAUGUGUCUGAGGUUUAAAAUUUGGAAAACAUUGUAGAUAUGAGAACUCCAUUGCAGAACAAUGUAAAUAAAGUAUAUUUUAAUCUGUAUGUAAAGCCAUGUUCCUCGUUUCUUAUGUACAUUACUUUUUAUAUGUUAAUUAAUCUGUAUGUAAAGUCAUGUCCCUCGUUUCUGAUGUCCAUUACUUUUUAGUACGCUGUAAUCUGAAAGCUUGUGUACAUAAGUUUAAACUCUUGGAAGUGAAACAAGAGGCCCAUGGGCAACAUCGCUCACCAGAGUCACAUUGGCUCAUAUUUAAAGAUUUUUCCUAUAUAUUCGCAUGUAAAACUUUGAUCCCUUAUUGUGGCCCCAACCUACUCCCGAGGGCCAUGAUUUUUUCAAAAUUGAAUCUGGACUAUGUCAGGAAGCUUUCAUGGGAAAGUAAACUUUUCUGGCCCAGUGAUUUUUCAGAAGAUUUUCCCAAUAUAUUUGUAUGUAAAACUGAGAUCCCCUAUUGUCGCCUCAUCUUACCCCCGGGGGCCAUGCUUUUAAUAAACUUGAAUCUGCACUAUGUCAGGAUGCUUUCAUGUAAAUUUCAACUUUCCUGGUCCAGUACUUUUUGAGAAGAAAAGAAGAUUUUCCCUAUAUAUUUCUAUGUAAAACUUUGAUCCCCCUUGUGGCCCCAUUCUGCCCCUGGGGGCCAUGAUUUUUACAAACAUGAAUCUGCACUAUGUCAGGAAGCUUUCAUGUAAAUCUCAGUUUUUCUGGCUCAGUGGUUCUUGAGAAGAUUGUCGCUAUAUAUUUGUAUGUAAAACUGAUAUCCCUUAUUGUGGCCCCAUCCAACUCCCGGGAACCAUGAUUUUAAUAAACUUGAAUCUGCACUAUGUCAGGAAGCUUUCAUGUAAAUUACAGCUUUUCUGGCCCAGUGGUUCUUAAGAAGAAGUUUUUUAAAUGACCCAACCCUAUUUUUGCAUUUUUGUGAUUAUCUCCCCUUUUAAAGGAACAUGACCCUUCAUUUGAACAAACUUGAAAGCCCUUCACCCAAGGAUGCUUUUGGCCAAGUUUGGUUGAAAUUGGCCCUGUGGUUCAAAAGAAGUCGAAAAUGUAAAAAGUUUGCAGAUGGACAUAGGACGGACAACAGGCGAUCAGAAAAACUCACUUGAGCUUUCAGCUCAGGUGAGCUAAACAGAAAAAGGGGAUUCCAACCUUCAAAUUUGCCAUCUACACAGGUCGUGAUCAUUGGAUUAUGUCAUUUCAAAAUUUGUAUUUUGGAUAGUUUAAAUAGCAUUAAAAACCAUACCAUUAGCACACCA